UUAGGCUCGAAUUAUGAAAGAUGUGAUUUUGAGGAUGGGCUCUGCAGUAUGAUACAAGAUCAGAGUCUGAGACUUGGUUGGAUCAAGAGAAAUGGGAUGACUGGUCUGUCAGCUCCAUUUUACGAUCACAAUGGUGAUAUGUCUGCGUACUUCCUCUCACUGGUCUCCAAAGUAAAUGCUACUUUCUCAAACUUAAGAAGCAGAGUUUUUCUUCCGACAAAUAACCAACAUGUUUGUCAGAUUACAUUUUAUUACUUCUCCAGCCAAGGGAGUGGCAAAUUAACGGCUGGUCUUCAAACUACAUGUGGCGGUCCUAUUCAUCAUUUGUGGCAAAACACAGUUGGGAGCCAAAAUCAGUGGGAGAGAAAUGUCAUCAAAAUCCAGAGUUCCCAGAGAUUUCAGGUUGUUUUUCAAGGGGAAAUGAUUUCAACUCAUGAGCGGGAUGGAGUCAUAGCUAUCGAUGACAUAUCUUUCAGUUCAGGCUGCUUGCCGGCAAAUGAUGAAAUUUUACCAUGUCAAGAAGCAUCGACUACUGAGCAGGAGUUAUGCCAUCCAGAUACAAGUCUCUGCAGAUUUGAUUCUACAGAUGAAGGAUUGAGGUUGUGUCAGGCCUGUGGAUUUGAUUUUGACACGUGUGACUGGGCAUCAGAAGCAUCCGCUGGGCAAAUUUCUUGGAUGCGCACGAAAGCAAGAGAAGUUCCUCCAUUAGAAUCUGUGCCUCAGCAGGAUCAAAACGGUGAUGAUGAAGGUUCCUAUAUAUGGGUGGGGGCUCAGCAUGCUUCUGCUCUUAACCACUCAGACAACAGGGCUUAUCUAAAUAGCUCUGUGUAUCACUGCGUGGGCAAGAGCUGCCAUCUUCAAUUCUAUUACUCCAUGGAAAACAGUGUUCUGAGAGUAGGACUAUAUAAUAAUAAGGAAGAAGAAAUAUUUUGGACAUACAACACAUCAACUCACAGAAAAUGGGUGAAAGCAGAUGUGCUAAUACCAGAAGGACUGAAGACAUUUAAGGUUAUUUUUGAAGGGGCUCUUUUGAGCCAGAAAGGCUUUAUUGGGCUCGAUCAGCUCUGGGUCUAUGCCUGUGCACAGGCUCCAUCCAGAAAGCUUUGCUCUGCAGCUGAAUUCACUUGUGCCAGUGGCCAGUGCAUCGCCCAAGAGUCGGUCUGUGACUCUCGGCAGGACUGCUCUGAUGAGAGUGAUGAAGACCCAGUGACCUGCUCAAAUCGUCUCCUGUGUGACUUUGAGUCUGGUUUCUGUGGCUGGGAGCCAUUUCUCACAGGAGACUCAAGCUGGGAAUUCGUGAAGGGAUUGACCAGUGGAGAGAACCGUCUUCCUGAUGUUGACCACACAACAAACACAAAUCAUGGAUCGUUUAUUUAUUUUGGGGCAUGUCAGUCACCUGCCGUGGCCAAGCUUGGAAGUCCUAUUCUUACAAAAUCGCUCACUGCCUCCACUCCGUGUCAGCUGCGGUUUUGGUAUCAUUUGUCUCAGCAUUCACAUCUCUCAGUUUUUACAAGAACAUCACUGGAUGGGAAUUUGCAAAAGCAAGGUGAUCUAAUUGGAAUCUCGGAAUCUCAGUGGAGACAAGCAAAAAUCGACCUCUGUGCGAAGGCUGGGGAAUCUACUCUGCCUUUUCAGUUAAUUUUAGAAGCUACUGUUUUAUCAUCAAAUGCUACCGUCGCUCUAGAUGACAUCAGUAUAUCCCAAGAAUGUGAAAUUUCGCAUAAGUCACUUCCAGGUACCAGCGUACAAAACAAAGGACAAGAAGAUGUUAUAUCCUCUCCACCUCCUAAUUUCGAAGCUGGAUUUGUGCCCCUUGAGGAUGCAGACUAUUCUUCAUCCAGCAAGUUCUAUGAUCUUACGUCUGACUGCCCAAGGGGAGCGGAGGAAGCCAGUUGUGUUUCCAAAUGUGACUUUGAAGCAAAUAGCUGUGGUUGGUUUGAAGCAGUUAGUGGUGACGACUUUGACUGGACGUGGAGCUCUAGAAGUAACCUUCCUGCUGAGUUUGAGCAGCAGGCCCCACCUCAGGAUCACACCCACAACACAGCUCAAGGGCAUUUUAUGUUCAUUCUGAAGAAAAGCAGCAGCUUGUCACAAAUUGCUAAACUCCAGAGCCCAACUUUCAGCCAGACAGGUCCUGGAUGCACCUUUUCCUUCUGGUUCUAUAACUAUGGCCUGUCAGUGGGAGCAGCUGAGCUACUGCUACACAUGGAAAAUUCCAAUGAAUCCACAGUACUCUGGAGAGUAUUAUAUAACCAGGGAAACCAAUGGUCACAGGCAACCAUUCAGCUUGGGCGCCUUACUGAGCCCUUCCAUUUUUCACUAAGUAAAGUCAGUCUUGGCAUUUAUGGUGGGGUCUCAGCUAUUGAUGAUAUCACAUUUGAAAACUGUACUCUUCCCCUCCCUGUGGAGAGCUGCGAGGGGCCAGAUCAUUUCUGGUGUCCACACACCAAGGCUUGCAUAGAAAAGCUUCAGUUAUGUGAUCUGCUGGAUGACUGUGGGGAUCGUGCUGAUGAGGUUGACUGUGUACAUGAACUACAAUGUAACUUUGAAAAUGGAGUUUGUAAUUGGGAGCAAGAUACAGAAGAUGACUUUGAUUGGACCAGGUACCAGGGUCCAACUCCAACACUUAAUACAGGGCCAAUGAAGGAUAAUACUUUGGGCACAGCUAAAGGACACUAUCUCUACAUAGAAUCUUCGGAGCCACAGGUUUUCCAAAACAGAGCUGCUUUACUCAGCCCAAUUCUUAAUGCCACGAAUACAGAGGGCUGCUCCUUCCGCUUGUAUUACCACAUGUUUGGAAAGCGCAUUUAUAGGCUGGCCAUCUACCAGCGAAUCUGGAGUAACACAAGGGGACAGCUGCUAUGGGAGAUAUUUGGAAACCAAGGCAACAGGUGGAUAAGGAAACACCUCAACAUUUCCAGCAGGCAGCCUUUUCAGAUUUUGGUGGAGGCUUCAGUGGGAGAUGGCUUCACUGGAGACAUUGCAAUUGAUGAUUUGUCAUUUAUGAACUGUGCCCUCUACCCUGGUAAUUUGCCAGUGGACCUCCCAACUCCAUCAGAAACUUCAGUUCCAGUAACAUUACCUCCACACAACUGUACAGACAAUGAAUUUGUUUGCAGGCCCAGUGGUCACUGUGUUGAAAAAAUCCAGAAAUGUGAUUUUAGAUAUGACUGCCCUGACAAAUCCGAUGAGUCAUCCUGUGCUAUGGAAGUUUGCAGCUUUGAAAAAGGAAGCCUGUGUAAAUGGUAUCAGCCAAUUCCAGAAAAUUUAAUUCAAGAUUCAAACACAUUCAGGUGGGGCCUUGGUAACGGAACCAGUAUUCAUCAUGGGGAAGAAAGCCACAGGCCAUCCAUGGAUCAUACAACAAAUGCUACAGAUGGCUGGUACCUGUAUGCUGAUAGCUCAAAUGGAAAAUUUGGUGACAUAGCUGACAUCCUCACUCCUGUUAUUGCACGCACGGGACCAAAAUGUACCCUGGUAUUCUGGGUUCAUAUGAAUGGUGCCACAGUUGGUUCUCUCCAGGUUCUCAGCAAGAGAGACAAUGCUACUUCUAAAUUGUGGGCUCAAACUGGACAGCAAGGUGCACAGUGGAAAAAAGUAGAAGUGUUUUUAGGCGUUCAUUCAUUUAUACAGAUUGUCUUCAGGGCAAAACGCGGUAUUAGUUACAUGGGAGACGUAGCAGUGGAUGAUAUUUCCUUUCAAGAUUGUUCCCCGCUCCUUAGCCCAGACAGAGAGUGUACUGCUCAAGAAUUCACGUGUGCUAACAAGCACUGCAUUGCAAAGGACAAGCUGUGUGAUUUUGUGAAUGAUUGUGCUGAUAAUUCAGAUGAGUCAACUUUCAUUUGCAGUACCUCCAGUGGGCGCUGUGAUUUUGAAUUUGAUCUUUGCUCCUGGGAGCAGGAGCAGGAUGAUGACUUUGACUGGAAUCUGAAAGCCAGCAGCAUCCCUGCUGUAGGCACGGAGCCAGCUGCUGAUCACACCUUGCGAAAUUCGUCUGGUCAUUACAUCUUUAUAAAGAGCUUGUUCCCUCAGCAGCCCAUGAGAACAGCCAGAAUUUCAAGCCCAGUUAUAAGUAGAAGAAGCAAAAACUGCAAGAUAAUUUUUCAUUAUCACAUGUACGGAAAUAGCACUAGGGCACUCGCCUUGGUCCAGGUAUCAGUCUCAAACCAAACGAAGGUCCUACUGAACCUCACUGUAGAACAAGGCAAUUUCUGGCAUCGGAAAGAAGUAUCACUGUCUAGUGAUGAGGACUUCCAACUCAAAUUGGAAGGGAGAGUCGGGAAAGGCCACGAUGGGGAUAUUGCGCUUGAUGACAUUGUGCUUACAAAGAGUUGUCUACCAUCCCAUCACUCCUCGAAAGAAGAACUGGCAGUGCCUCUUCCAACAGCUUACUGCCCGCAUGGCUAUCGGGAAUGUCAGAAUGGCAAAUGUUAUAAACAGGAGCAAAGCUGUAAUUUUGUGGAUGACUGUGGAGAUUACACUGAUGAAAACGAAUGUGGUGGCUCCUGCACAUUUGAGAAAGGCUGGUGUGGCUGGCAAAACUCCCUGGCUGAAAACUUUGAUUGGGUUUUGGGGGUUGGCUCGCAUCAAAGCCUAAGACCUCCCAGAGACCACACACUUGGAAAUGAAAAUGGGCACUUCUUGUAUCUGGAAGCUACUCCAGUGGGGCUCCGGGGUGAAGAAGCACACCUCAAGAGUGCUGUGUGGCAAGAAUCCAGCGCUGCCUGCACCUUGAGCUUCUGGUAUUUCAUAUCUACAAAAGCCACAGGGUCCAUUCAGAUUCUUAUUAAGACAGAGAAAGGGCUAUCAAAAGUAUGGCAAGAAAGCGAGCAGACCUCUGGUGAUCAUUGGCAAAAGGCUGUCAUCCUGCUGGGAAAGUUAAGGAAUUUUGAAGUUAUAUUUCAAGGUAUCAGAACAAGGGAUCUAGGAGGAGGAGCUGCAAUUGAUGACAUUGAAUUUAAAAAUUGCAAGACUGUGGGAGAGACUUCUGAGAUUUGCCCAGAAGCCACUGAUUUCUUGUGUGACAACAAAAAGUGCAUUGCAUCCCAGCUUGUCUGUGACUACAAACCAGACUGCUCUGACAGGUCUGAUGAAGCUCACUGUGGCCAGUAUACAAGCACAACAGGAAGCUGCAAUUUUGAAACAACUACAGGAAACUGGACCACAGCCUGUAAUCUUACUCAAGACUCGCAAGAUGACUUAGACUGGGCCAUUGGCAGCAGAAUUCCUACUGAAGCAUUGAGUGCAGACUCUGAUCACACACCAGGUAGCGGCAGGCAUUUCCUCUACGUCAACUCAUCUGGCCCCAAAGAAGGAUUCACAGCAAGAGUCACUACUUCCCAAUCCUUCCCAGCAAGCCUUGGAAUGUGUACUGUCCGCUUCUGGUUCUACAUGGUCGAUCCCAGGAGUUUGGGGAUAUUAAAGGUGUAUAUCAUUGAGGAAUCUGGACUAAACAUCCUGGAAUGGUCAGUGAUUGGCAAUAAAAGAACUGGUUGGAUGUACGGAUAUGCGCCUCUCUCCAGUAACAGUCCAUUUAAGGUGGCAUUUGAAGCUGAUUUGAGCGGAAAUGAGGACAUCUUUAUUGCCCUUGAUGAUAUCUCUUUUACCCCAGGAUGUGUAUUUGGAGGUCCUGUCACCACACAGCCGUCACCUUGUGAAGCUGAUCAAUUUUCUUGUGUCUACACACUUCAGUGUGUCCCUCUCUCCAGGAAAUGUAAUGGACAGGAAGAUUGCAUAGAUGGAUCUGAUGAGAUGGAUUGUUCUCUCAGCCCCCCAUCUCAGCUCUGUGGGAAAAUGGAAUUCCAGUGCUCUACCAACGAGUGUAUCCCAUCCCUCCUGCUAUGUGAUGGAGUACCUGACUGUCACUUUAAUGAAGAUGAAUCCAGCUGCUCCAAUGAGAGCUGUUCUAAUGGAGCUUUGAUGUGCCCCUCUUCCAAUAGCUGUAUCCCAGCUCACUGGCGUUGUGAUGGUUUUGCUGACUGCAUGGAUUUCCAACUUGAUGAGUCCAGCUGCUCAGAGUGCCCAAUAAAUUACUGCAGAAAUGGUGGGGCUUGUGUAGUGAAGAAAAAUGGUCCUAUGUGUCGAUGUGGACAAGGAUGGAAAGGAAAUAGAUGCCACAUCAAGGUUAACCCUCCUACUGCAGGUUUUCCGUACCCUCAGAAUGAUAUAUGGACUCUUCUGGGGAUUGGGUUAGCUUUCCUGAUGGCUCAUAUUACAGUCUCGGUCUUGUGUUUUCUUGCAAACAGAAAAGUGCCAGGAAGGAAAACUAAAGGAAGUGUCAACUCUGCAUUUGUUAAUCCAGUUUAUGCGAAUUGGAGCAACCCAGAGAAAACAGAGAGUUCUGUAUACUCCUUCUCAAAUCCGUCAUAUGGCACAACAUCAGGAAGGCUGGAGACCAUAUCUAAUCAUCUCAAAUAGUACCCUCAAGAUCAAGUGUGAUCCAGUAUGUGUAGUUUAUAGAAAAUUCUAGUCUGUGAAAUCUGAUAGAAACUCAUGUAAUAGUAAAACUAGAAGGGAUUCAGAACAUUAAUGUAAUUAUUACAUUUAUGAAUAAAUUUUUGUACUGAUAUAUUGAAUAUUUUCAUGUAAUCUGAAUCAGAACCUUAUCUUCA